CAGCAGCAAUGGGAGGCCAUACAGCACCCUAUGACAAAAUGGAACCCACCAGCAGUGUGAAGAGACCUGAAAGUGGCACAUGGCAGAGUGUGGCGAUGGAGACAGCAGCAAUGGGAGGCCGUACAGGGACCCAUGACACACUCUGGACCUGGCAGCAGCAUGAGGAGGCGGUACAGGGGCCCAUGACAGAUUACGGGCCUGGCAGCAGCAUGAGGAGUCGGCGGUACAGGGGCCCAUGGCAGAGUGGCGGAGCGUAAGCAGCUAAAAUUGAAGGCCAUACAGAGGCCUAUGUUAAAAAGUCCCCCCAGCAGCAGCGUGGGGAGACGACUAUCAAGAGUCCAAUGGCAGAGUGGCGGAGCAGAAGCAGCUUCAAUUGAAGGCCAUACACAGGCCUAG